GCUAUCAGUUAUCCAGGUAUCUCGAAAGGGCGGCUGAGGCUGAUUCGAGCGACCUCUAGUAAGAUUUUUCAUCGUCGAACCAGUUCGCGCUUUGCUUCGACUUCGAGUCGCGCAUACCAACCUGUUUAUAGUUUCUUACUAAACGUUGUCGUUGUCGCGAGUACGCUUUUUUAGAGUUUUCAAAUAAUACGCGUAAUAGACAAUUCGAUAUUUUUUUGUUUCAAUUUUUGGAUUUUUUUAUUCACCUGUUUCGAUUCAUAUACCUGUUUGUGUUUUCGUUGUUUAUGUUGUGUUGUGAUUAGUUCUGUGUGCGAUAUGUGAUCUAUUCCAGGAUUAUCAACGAAAAAAAGUUGAAAAUGAAAAAGAACACGAUGAAAUAAUCAAGCCAUCAGAAUCGUAUAACAAAUCGUUCGCGAUUAAUAUCAGUGCCAUAUAUGUGUAAUUUAAAAUCAAAAUUCAGCAAUGUUUUGCCAGUUGCAGUGAUGUUUUUUUUCUUAAGUACCUAUAAUUAAUUUCGCAUUUGAUUUUUAAUGUUAGCUGAUAUUUUUUCUAUCGUACCGUGUAAUAUUCGCUGGUAUGAAGGAAAAUGAUAAUAAUUGGAUUUUCUAUCUUCGCAAAAAAAAGAAAAUCGUCGAUAAGAAAUUUCAUAACAUGGAUGAUAUUUCUUGUAGUAUUCCACUUUACGAAUGCUUCCGAAGUGAAACCGAAAAUAUGCAUCGGUUCGAACGGUCGGAUGUCAGUUCCCCAAAAUCGAGAACACCAUUACCGAAAUCUAAGAGAUCGUUAUACAAACUGUACAUACGUGGACGGCAACUUGGAAUUGACAUGGCUACAAAACGAAAACUUCGAUCUGAGCUUUCUACAGUACAUCAGGGAAGUGACCGGAUACGUGCUGAUAUCGCAUGUGGAUGUGAGCCGGAUCGUGUUACCCAAGUUGCAGAUAAUCAGAGGACGUUCGCUUUUCAAGCUCAAUAUCCAAGAAGCGGAGUUCGCGCUGAUGGUCACAUUAUCAAAAAUGAACAGUCUGGAGAUGCCGGCGUUGCGAGAUAUCCUUCACGGCAACGUUGGCUUCUUCAACAAUUACAAUCUUUGUUACACGAAGACCAUAAAUUGGGAAGAAAUACUCAGCGGAGCAAAUGCAACAAAUUACUACGUUUACAACUUCACAAACAGCGAGCGCGAAUGCCCACCUUGCCACAAAUCCUGUACAGCAGGGUGCUGGGGCGAAGGUCCUGACAAUUGUCAAAAAUUCUCUAAAAUCAACUGCAGCCCGCAGUGCGUCGGAGGACGUUGUUUCGGUACGAAUCCUCGCGAGUGCUGCCAUUUGUUUUGCGCCGGAGGCUGCACCGGACCUACUCAAAGUGAUUGCUUGGCUUGCCGUAAUGUCUACGAUGAUGGAACGUGUUCGCAAGAAUGUCCCCCAAUGCAGAUCUACAACCCAUCCACAUACGCCUGGGAAACGAAUCCGAAAGGCAAAUACGCCUACGGUGCGACUUGCGUUAAACAGUGUCCGGCACAUUUGCUCAAAGAUAAUGGAGCCUGCGUCAAAUCCUGUCCCGCUAAUAAACGAGCUUUGAACUACGAAUGUGUGCCGUGCGAAGGAACUUGCCCUAAAACUUGCAAAGGAGUUGCUCAAAUCGACGAUUCGAAUAUAGACUCGUUUAAAGACUGUACUGUGAUCGAAGGAUCUAUUUCCAUUUUGGAUACGACCUUCAAAGGAUACCAAAAGUUCGACGAAAAUUACGCUCCUGUUGGUAAAGUAAACGCCACCCAUCCUGAUAGAUUAGAAGUGUUCAGCACCUUGAAAGAAGUCACUGGAUAUAUCAAUAUUCAAGGAUAUCACGAAGCAUUCACCAAUUUGUCAUACUUCAGAAAUUUGGAAAUAAUUGGAGGCCGCGAGUUGACGCAACACUUCUUCGCAUCAUUGUAUAUCGUAAAAACAUCGUUGAAAUUUUUGGGACUGACGUCUCUUCGUGAAAUUCGCUCCGGAAGUGUUAGCAUUUUAGAAAACAAGCAUCUCUGUUUUAUCGAAGGAAUGAAUUGGAAAAAAUUCAAGCAAUCCAAAGAACACGCAGCGAUGUUACAAAAUAAUAAAGCAUUCGACGAAUGCAACAAAGAAAACCACACAUGUGAUCCGGAAUGCUCGAAAGAAGGAUGCUGGGGACCGGGUCCUCAUCAAUGUUUAUCUUGCGCUCAUCUUCAAUACGGGAAUCAGUGUAUUCCUAGUUGUGAUGUGAAACCAGGAUUGUACAAAGCUAAUUCUAGUCAAUGUAUGCCAUGUCACGAAGAAUGCCAAUCUAUUUGUACCGGACCUGGAGCUGAAAAUUGUAAAAUAUGUAAACACGUUAGAAACGGUAACACUUGCGCUGUGCAAUGUCCUUUGGGCAAAUACAACGAUGCCGGAAUAUGUAGAGAUUGCCAUUCGAAUUGCGUCGAUGGAUGUGUCGGACCUGAAAACACCGUUGGAGCUAAUGCCUGCGUAUCUUGCGAAAGAGCCAUCAUCAAUGGAAACGUAGUGGAACGAUGUUUAAGGAAGGAUGAAGAAUGCCCCGUCGGUUACUACCAAGAAUACGUCGGUCCUCAAGAUAACGAAGCUUUGAAAACGCUCUCGGGUAAAAUACUUUGUCGAAAGUGUCAUCCGAGAUGUAAGAAAUGUACUGGAUACAGCUUCCACGAACCUUUAUGUCAAGAGUGCGUCAAUUACAAACGUGAUUCGACCUGCGAAGAUGAAUGUCCGCAUAGUUACUACGCUGAUAACAUUACACAAAGUUGUAUCCCGUGUUCUGUCGAAUGCGACGGAUGCAACGGACCUGAUUCGACGCACUGUUUGAAAUGCAGAAAUUUAAAAGUAUACUUGGGACCGGAGCCUUAUACGAAUUCGACGAGUUUCAACUGUACGAGCUUUUGCCCUCAAGAAUUUCCUUAUGUUAUGUCGAGCGAUGGAAGCGAUGGAGUUAAAGAGAGAUAUUGUACUGUUGAAUCUGUCCAUGCGUUGCAUUCAUCUGACAACAGACAAUCGACGAUCAUUUACGUAGCGUUCGGAGCCUGCCUUGUGUUCUUUGCCUGCUUCCUGUGUGUGAUGGGUCUGCAAUGGCAAAAACGUAAAGUCAAAGAGAAUAUCGUCAAAAUGACUAUGGUACUGACUGGCAUCGAAGACAGCGAACCUCUACAUCCUUCCAACGUGAAACCGAAUCUGGCCAAGUUGAGAAUUGCCAAAGAAAACGAGCUGAGAAAAAGUCAUAUUUUAGGUUCCGGUGCAUUUGGUACCGUGUACAAAGGCGAAUGGGUCCCAGAAGGAGUAAAUACCAAGCUACCGGUAGCCAUCAAAGUGCUGAGAGAUUCACCCGGCGUAAACACUAGCAAACAAUUUUUGGAAGAAGCGUUUAUAAUGGCCUCGGUCGAUCAUCCUAAUUUACUCAAGUUAUUAGCCGUAUGCAUGACUUCCCAAAUGAUGUUAAUAACACAAUUAAUGCCGCUGGGUUGUAUAUUGGACUACGUUCGUAAGCACAAGACGAAAAUCCGUGCUAAGUUGUUUCUAUCUUGGUGCAAGCAGAUAGCCGAAGGUAUGGCGUUUUUGGAAGAAAAACGAUUAGUUCAUCGAGAUUUAGCAGCUCGUAAUGUUCUACUGCUUCAACCUAAUUUUGUUAAAAUUACCGACUUCGGGCUGGCUAAAUUAUUGGAUACCAACGAAGAAGCGUACAAGGCGGAUGGAGGUAAAAUGCCGAUCAAAUGGUUAGCCGUGGAAUGCAUACAGCAUAGAAUUUUCACAUCUAAAAGCGACGUUUGGGCUUUUGCGGUUACAAUUUGGGAAUUGUUAACGUAUGGUGAAAAACCGUAUGGGGAUUUACCAGCGAGAGAUUUACCGGAGAAGUUGAUCGAAGGAGUUAGAUUAGUUCAGCCUACUAUUUGUACUGCUGAUGUUUACAUGCUUAUGUUGCAAUGUUGGACGCACGCUGCGGAAGAUCGACCUACGUUCAAAGAAGUUGCCGAAAAGUUUGCUAAAUGGAUUCAAGAUCCUACUCGUUAUAUCGUUAUCAAAACCGAACUGGAACAAAUUCAAGACGACCAAGACAUCAAAUUCCCCAUAGCCGUUGAGAACUACGACACCUCAGUCGAUUCUGAAGAAUACCUGCAACCAAAAAUGAGAAUGCCAGGAUGUUCCAGUGUGAGAAUACCUAUUUCCGAAUUAUCGUUACCUCAGAAUCAAAGAGAAGCACUCAGAUUCAACAUGGAUCACACAUUGGGACGAGUUUGCGCCAUGAAAGAAAGUGAUACGUCAGAUGAAUUAAGUGGAGGUAGUUAUAAUCGCGAGGCGCAGAUUGGCCAUUUGAAGUUAGACUUACCAUUAGAUGAUGAUGAUUAUUUGAUGCCUUCGCCGCAGCAAGGGCAAAGUGUUAAUACAACUGCCAGUUCGGCUGCCUACAUGGAUCUUGUCGGUGAUGCUAAACAGUCAGAUGAAAAUCAAAACACGACUAGAAUAGGCUUAUCGAUGAAUUUCAACGGUGAUUUCUUGCCAUCUCACGUAUGUGUCGAUAAUCCCGAGUAUCAUUUGAUGUCACCUGAGCAAAAAUUAGGCAUACCUACUGUUCGCCAGUUGCAACAUAGAUCUUCGGAAGAAGAAUCUGAUCACGAAUAUUACAACGAUUUUGACAGACUCCAGAGAGAGUUGCAACCUUUACAUAGAAAUACCGAAACGACUGUUUAAUUUUGUAUUUUUUUUUUUUUUAUUAUAAGAAGACCAGGGAUGAAACUAGCUUAUUGCAAGGUGAAGAGGGAAGGAGAUUUUAAUUUUUUUUUCUAAUGACCGAAUCGACGUAAUUUAAUUUUAUUGAAAUUUUCAGAAUCACUUGUUUGAAAAUUUUUUAUUAAUUUAAAUUUGAAAAAUGACGAAGAGUUCGGAUGUUAUCUCAAACGUGCGAUUUAAUUGCAUUUGACUGCAAUUUGAUCGAAUUCAAUUGCAAGUAAUUUUAUCCGAUUAUUGUUUUUUUUCUGUGAAAUUUUGUUGAAUUACUUGUACGAAUAUUAGGCAGAUGAAAUUUGAUAUUAUUUAUUUAAAAUAUUUUACCUAAUCCAAAAUAAGUAAGAUAAAGUACAAAAUUUCAAAAUUUUAAAAUUCUUCUCAUUUGAUAAAAAGGAUAAAUUUAAUUUUCUCAUGUUUUAACAUAUUAUUUUAUGUUUCUACAAACUUUGAGAAAUUAAUCAGCGAAUUAUUUUAUAUUCACUAACGAUUCAAUUAUGUGAUUCUCCUUCCUCUCCUCCUCGUAGUUUCAUCCUUGUAUAAGACUGAAACGGUGAACAUUUUCAUACAAAUUAAAAUUAAGAAUGUUUGCAUUUUCAGUUGAAUUUUUUAUAUCAAAUUACCCGCUGUUUUUUAUAAUGGGGAAAUAUGCAAUUUAAUUUCGUUUUUAUGAUUAUUAUUGUGUAAUGUUUCAUUGUUAUCUUUUUUAUUUGUGAAUUUUUUACCUAAAUAUUUUUAAUAGUAUUCGAAAUGAUUUAACUGACUUCUAUAUUCAUGAUCUCAAAUCAGCGAAGCGAUUUUUUUUUCUAAUUGAACUCCAAGCCCUCAACUACUCUUAUUACUUUUCUUUUUUUUUUUUUUUAAAUACAUACAAGAAUAAAAAAAACGAAAUAUCGAGUUACCUAAUUUGUAAUAUUUAGUUGUAUUACCUGUAUUUAUAAUUUAAAACAUUUUGUCAAAGUGUAAUGUUAUAUCCGUUUUCAAUAUUUCCUCAACGAUAUUUUUAUUCGUUUUUUUUUCAAACCAGAUAAACGUGAGUAUUUUUUAAAAUUUGUUUUUAAGUUAUUUGACUGUGAUAUAAUUUUAAUUUUUUGUAAUUUUAUUGUAAAUAUUUGACGCUGGUACGUUCUCUAAUCCGUUGCACAAUAAUUUACAAAAUAGGAGGAGGGGAUGGAAAUUUUUUUGAUCAAAAUGCCUAUUAUACGUACCCGUACCUGUACCUAUUACCUACCUAUCUGUUUGUUUAAUGAACAUUUGAUCGUAAAUUCAACGAAAUAAUUUCAUUUCUCUCUUUUUUUUUCACAACGUACGAGUGAUAAAGAGGAGAAAUAAACGACAAAAAGUACACUCGAAAGAGAAACUUGAAUUAAGAUGUGCAAAGUUAUAUAUCAAUUUAAUUUUUUGCUCAAUACGAAUCAAGUAUACUUACUUUUUUAUGAAUAUAGUUUUAAAUUUGAAAAUGAAAUCAAAUUGAAUUCGCAUUUUAGAAAUUGGAUUUUUAGUAUCCCACCUUAAUAGGCUGAGGUAUAUUUUAUACGUUUAUAAAUUAUUAUUUAUACUUUUACCUUGCCAUCGUUCAAAUAAUUCGCAUUUAUUAGUUAGCCAUAUUAAACCGAUGUACUUAAUUAUAUUGUAAAUUUGUAUAAUAAUAUUGAAAUCGUGUAACAAUUUAUAUUCUCGCUAUGUUCGUUUUGUUGUUUAAUUCUUAGAGUAUACUCGUACCUUAGGUACCUAUUGAUUGUAUAAAAAAUGUGUUCACUGCGAUUUGCCAGAGCACAUUAAAAAAAAAACGAUAUUUACUUGUUUGUUAAAUUGGUCUCAUGUAAAUGUCUUGUGCCAUGGAUGUUAUAGAAUUAAGAAAAGUAAUAAACUUUGUGACAAGCUGUUCAGCUCAGUUACAUUGUUUGGUACCGAUUUUUACUUGAUUGUUUAAAAUCGAUGUUUAUUGUUUUUUUUUUUUUUUUUUUUUUAAUGUACUUAAUGAUUUAUAUAAUGUACCUAGCGUAUUGUAAUUUGUAAACGUUUCAUUAUUACUUUUUUUUCUUUUUUAAAUUUUCUUUUUUUGUACGAUGUACUUAAAUAUUACUUGUAAUAAAAUGUUAAUUUUUUCAAUACAUUUUUUCGUAAUGAAAAUAA